GCACCUCCCACUUCACCUCCACUCCUGCAGGCUGUCGUGGCGGGAAUGUCCGCUACCGGAAGGUGAAGCCAUGGACCAUUCCGAUCUGUUCGAGAGCGUGCGGGAUGCCGUGGGACACGGGGUCAAGUUGACCCUGAGGCGCAAGGUGCAGCUGGAGGUCAAAGGUGAAAAAGUGGAGAACAAAGUGCUGGCCUUAGCACCACAUCGAGCCUUUCUGCUGUCUGCACGCAUCCCAUCCAAGGUGGAGCACUCCCUCAGCUACCUGGACAUCAAAGGUAUCCAUAGCAACGAGGCCACCCAGGUGGUGGUGGAGUGUGAGCGUGGAGGAGGCUGGACUCUGUGGUGUGGUUCUGUGGAGGACGUGGACCAGGUGCUGGCUCACAUCGGAUGGUGUCUGCUGAGGAUCAGCCCCGCCCAGAAGCCCAUGAAGAAGAUGAGCGUCAAGCACCCGGAACGAGCCGCCGCCCUGCAGGCCUUCUGGGACCAGCAGGGCCCGCCGGACCUGGGACCUUGUGGUGGUUUCUCUCAUCAGUACCGCUGUGUGUGUGAACACCUCCACCUGCCCUACAGGGAGGAGGUCCAGUGGGAUGUGGACACUAUCUACCUGAGCCAAGACACCAGAGAACUCAACCUGCAGGACUUCAGUCACCUGGACAGCAGGGACCUGGUGGCCAUUGUUGGCGUCCUGGAGUUCAACCAGUGGUUCACCAAGUUGAUGGCCAAGGACUGCAAACUGUCUACAGAUGUGUGUGAGCAGAUCCUGAGAGUUGUGUCACGAUCCAGUCGCGUCGAGGAACUGAUUCUGGACAAUGUUGGACUCAGAAGUGACUUUGCUCAGAAGUUGUCGUUGGCUCUGUCACAUAACUCCGCCUCCAGCCUGCACACUCUGCACCUCAGCAACAACACUCUGGAAGACAAAGGUGUGUGUGCUCUGAGUGUGCAGCUGACCAAACAUGCGAUGGGCUUGAAGUAUUUGAACCUCAGUAGGACCUCCUUGUCUCCUAAAGGUGUCAACUUCCUGUGCCAGGCUCUGUGUGAGAACCCCUGCAUGGCCGCCACCCUCACACACCUGGACCUGUCAGGAAACUCUCUCAGAGGAGAUGAGCUGCAGCACCUGCACAACUUUCUGAGUCAUGACAACAACUUACACCUUCUAGACCUGUCCUGCACUGACUGCUCUCUGGAACAGACGUCAGCGAGUCUCCUCCAAGGUUGUUUGAAGCGUCUCCAACUUCUCAACAUGUCCAAGACUGUCUUCUCUCACAGGAAAUGCAAAGAAGUUCCAGCAUCCUUCAAGCAGUUUUUCAGCAGUUCCCUGGCUCUGAGUUCCGUCAACAUGUCAGGAACCAGACUUCCUUCUGAGGCACUCAAGGCGCUGCUGCUGGGUCUGGGCUGCAACCCCAACCUCAGCGACGUGUCUCUGGACCUAAGCGGCUGUGAGUUGCGCUCGGCAGGCUCUCAGAUCCUGGAGGGUUGCAUAGCCGAGAUUCCCAACAUCUCCAGUCUGGACAUCUCGGACAACGGUCUGGACGGGGACCUGAGCACCCUGCUGGUCUGGCUGGCCAAAAACCGCUCCAUUCGCCACCUGUCCCUGGGAAGAAACUUCCACAACAUCAAGUCAAAGAACGUGGCGCCGGUCCUGGACAACCUGGUGCACAUGAUCCAGGAGGAGGAGUCACCUCUGACCUCGCUAUCGCUAGCAGACUCCAAGCUGAAGGGCGAGCUCGCCAUCGUCCUCAACGCCCUGGGCAGCAACGCCUCUCUCACCAAACUGGACAUCAGCGGGAACGCCAUGGGCGACAUGGGCGCCAAGAUGCUGGCCAAGGCCCUGCAGAUCAACACCAAGCUCAGGACCCUCAUCUGGGACCGAAACAACACCAGCCCUCAGGGUCUGCAGGAAGUGGCGUCCGCGUUGGAGAAGAACUUCACUAUCCGAUUCAUGCCGGUUCCUAUUGUUGACGCCGCUCAGGCGCUCAAGACCAACACGGAAAAGACGGAAGAUGCACUGAUGAAGAUGGAGCGCUUCCUGCUGAGGAACCACGAGACCCGGAAGUACCUCCAGGAGCAGGCGUACCGGCUGCAGCAGGGCAUCGUCACCAGUACCACGCAGCAGAUGGUGGACACCAUGUGUGUGAAGGUCCAGGAUCACCUGAACUCGCUGAUGUUCUCCCAGAGCCACGUGGUCCAGGACGAUGUGCAGGUGGCAGAGAAUCUGAUGAAAGACGCCAGGAACUCCAAGACCCUCCUCCCUACCCUCUACCACUUGAGGGGCGGCGACCUGCGCGGCACCGUCCAAGGAAAACUGGAGUCUCUGGCAGGGGACGUGGCGGCUGCGAUGGAUGAUGAACUGCAGACAAUUUUGGCGUCCAUGUUGGACGCCGCCGAGGGUCUGUGUCCUCACGUGAUCAAGAGGAGCGGCCUCCGUUCGGAGCUGUUGAGGGCGGGGACCGAAAGAAUGACCGUGCCUCGCAGCUUCAUCACCGCCACGCUGCUGGAGCAAUCGGGCGUCGACAUUGUUAACAAGAUCAGUGAAGUGAAACUCAACGUGGCGUCCUUGGUCUCUGAUCGGAUCGUGGACGAGAUCCUGGACUCUUUGUCUGCGUGGCAGAACACGCUGGCGGAGCAUGUGACCAGGCAGGGCCAGCCUGCACUGCGUCCGGAGUCUCAGGAGACGGAGGUUUUGGACGAGACAGUUCUGCGUACGGAGAGCCUGGAGGAGGAAGGCGAGCACCCGCCGGAGCACGUAGACCCCUGCACGUUGACGCUCAAGUCCAAGAGAAAGAGUAUUCUGGUCCGAAUGCUGCGGCCCGUCUCGGUGGCGUUUGAGAUGGAGUUUGACCUGGACAAGGCUCUGGAGGAGGUGCCCAUCCAUGUGGUGGACACACCUCCCUCGCAGUUGAACAAAGUGACUCCGCCGCCCCCGGCCCCCACUUUGGAGGAACCGCCGCCCCCGGUCCUCACUUGGGAGGAACUACCGCCCCCGGUCCCCAAUUGCGAGGAACCGCCGCCCCCGGUCCCCACUUGGGAGGAACUCCUGCCCCCAAGGCACACCCCGCUGGAGCACCACACCAAAGUGCGACCACGACCCAAGAAAAGAAGCAAACCCAGCAGAGUCGGGUGUGCCGCCACCGGUUCAGCGCCUCAGGGGGCGGAGCAUCAGGACAUGGGGAAGCUGGACGAAGGCAUAGAUGAAUUCUUCUCCAAGAAGGUCAUGAAAGUCAGCUUAAAACGGUCCAGCGCCCGGGCGACACCUUCCAGCACGCAGGAGGCGGCUGAAAAGAAGCCAGAAUCCAGGAAGAGUGGUUUUUUCAACCAGAUCAAAACUCGGGCGGGUCGCUCGGAGAAGGGCCAAAGUACCGCCUCCAUCAGUUCGCCACCACCAGCGUCCCCCACACUUGCUCCGCCCACAUCUUUGGUCAGCAAGGAGCCGCCACCGAUGUCCCCUGUGGCGCCACACCCGGACCCGCGUCUGACGGACCACGGCAGUUUUGAGGCGGACGUGGAGGAAGAGACCGAGGUCAGCGUGGAGAAGGAGACCGAGGUCAGCGUGGAGAAGGAGCACCCCCUGGUCUCGCAGCAUGUUGGUGUUCCAGUCUUGACCUCGGAGCUUCUGGCUGAGAUGAAGGCAAAGCAGGACAAGAUGGCGGCUCAGAAGUCGUCCUCAAAGGAAGAUGGCCGCUUGGACGCCGCCCUGCCAGGACCGGUGGCCGGCCCUCGGUCUGACAACCCCACCCCCCCUCAGCUCCACACACAAGAGCCAAUGGAGGAGCAGGAAGUGUGUCACACUGACUUCCUGUCUGAAACUCUCAAAGCUCCACUUCCUGUUCCUCGCCUGAAGACAACGCCGUCUGAACCGCAACACCCGAACCAAGAUGAAGGUACUUGUGAAGUUUCCAUGUCCAGCAGCAAGUUACGCUCGUCCUUGAAGACGUUUGCUGCUCCAUCAAGUCAACAACCACAACGAUCAAAGUCACUUCCUGCCAAAAAGUGAACUUCACAAGUGCGUUGUCCUUCUGAGGAGGCGGUGCCAACGUUAUCUGACAGCCAAUCAGAUGAGCCUCCAGUCUCCUGACUCCUAUUUCCUGUCACAUGACUGCCUUUGAUCUUUUAUACUUUUAUAUUAGUCCUCUUCAAUUAUGUGUAACUUUGCAUCCACUCACAAAUGUACUCCAAUAAAAACUUUAAAAGGUCUCGUUACCAUGACGACGGGUUUGUUUAAAAUGAAAAUAACA